AUGUCAUCGCUGGAUAUAUACGUCGGCGAUGACUGGCCGCGAAUGCGGAAUGGAACCAACUGGGAUGGGCAAAAUCUCUUCGAGCUUCUCCGGAAGGCAGAAAGCCCUUUCAGCCCUGUAUGGGAUGCCAACCUUCUUUUUGACGAGGUCGAAGAUAAGGUGGGUGCCAAAGUGAUUGAUGUUCCAUGCGUUCACACUGGCGCCAACAACUAUGGUAUCCAUUUAAGACUAUUGGAUCAGCGAGAUGUGCUGGCUCGCCUAGGUAAUGCCGACGUUAACAUGCCGCUUUAUGGUGGCUUUAAUCUACGCUGGUUGCACAAGCAGGUCGAUUUCGAGGCUGAUACAAACAACCUUCUCCGCAAUGAUCCAAAUGUCCCAACCGACUGUCUUCUGUUUUACCGUCACCCCAUCCAACACUAUGGGGAAAAUAGUGAAACGCCUAAAGAUAUUAGCGGCCGUCGCCUCAUGAUAUUCGAGAUGGCAAAAGGCGAGGUGGGGGCUUGGGCCACACUUGGACAACAGCAAAGGGGCUUCAAGAUGUCUACUCUUACUGACGCAGCUAGAAUCCGCGCUGCAUUGCUCCAUUUAGACGUUCCAUCCCAAUUCGUGAGCGAUUGGUUACUAUGGCGUACUUUCCAACCAGAACAAUGGAUGCCCACAGAGCUGCCACUUCCAAUUGGUGCCACCCGCGACUUCUGGCUGGCUGCAUUCAAAACGAGGAUAGUGACAAUGAUCAAAGAGGAGGGCGACAUUUUAGGGUGGCCUCGAGAUAAAGUGAUUAUAGGUCGGAAGGCACUCGAUACCAAAGAAGCUUUGUUACGAUUGAUCCCUAUUAUCCUGCCACAUGGCGACGAAGCAGUCUUAUACCGGCCAGUUCUACAGCAUAAUGACUUUGGUGUUCAUAACAUCCUGAAUGAUAUUAUUGGCUUAGAUCAUACUAGAAUCACCUCAGUUUUUGACUGGGAGACUGGAUCUAUAGUUCCCUUUCUGUUUUCGGAAAUCACGUUCUCGAUCGCUGGCUGCGACUUGAUCCUUGAUGAGAAUGGAGAGGCAUCUGUUCAUAUUCGAUCCAAGCUAGCUGGGGAGCCUAAAGAGCGCGUGAAGAAUCAGGCAUACUCCACUGAGUUUCGUAAGAUCAUAAAGGAAAAUACACCUCAUUUAGAGGAGGCCUUACAAGCAGGAAAAUAUGCCCGCUAUCUUUGGAUCAAGUUAAAGCAAUGGAAGGGACAGGACCCAGAGGAUUUCUUUGGUAGACUUGGGGAGUGGGCACAAGACCUAUUAAGUAAAUACGACUUAGGGAAAGUAAGUAAUCUUUAG